AUGGAGAUUAGCAGCGAGGAGAGGGUGGAGCUCUCCAUCGUGGAGCCCCUCCCCGACAAUGGCGACGCCGGCGUGGAGGAGGAUCAUCUAUGGCCGACCAAAGACGGCCCUCUUCCUAUAUUCCUCAAGUUUGAGAAUGUGGAGUACAAGGUGAAGCUGAGUCCCAAAAACCCCCUGACGGCUGCAAAGGUGGCCUUCUCAUCCCACAUGAGGGAGGACAAUGGCCGCAGCAGCUGCAAACAUAUCCUCAAGGGCAUAGGCGGCAGCGUCGACCCCGGCGAGAUUCUGGCGCUGAUGGGCCCGUCCGGCAGCGGCAAGACCACCCUGCUCAAGAUACUGGGAGGCAGGCUGGGAGGCGCCGUCAAGGGUCAGAUCACCUACAACGACACCCCCUACAGCCCCUGCCUCAAGCGGAGGAUGGGAUUUGUGACGCAGGACGACGUGCUGUUCCCUCAGCUGACGGUGGAGGAGACGCUGGUGUUCGCCGCCUUCCUGAGGCUGCCGGCGCGCAUGUCCAAGCAGCAGAAGCGCGACCGGGUGGACGCCAUCAUCGCGGAGCUGAACCUGGAGAGGUGCCGGCACACCAAGAUCGGCGGCGCGUUCGUGCGCGGGGUGUCGGGCGGCGAGAGGAAGCGGACGAGCAUCGGGUACGAGAUCCUGGUGGACCCGUCGCUGCUGCUGCUGGACGAGCCCACGUCGGGGCUGGACUCCACGUCGGCCAGCAAGCUCAUCGUCAUCCUGCAGCGGCUGGCCAAGUCGACGCGGCGGACCAUCAUCACCACCAUCCACCAGCCGUCCAGCCGGAUGUUCCACAUGUUCGACAAGCUGCUGCUCAUCUCCGAGGGCCACGCCAUCUACCACGGCAAGGCCAGGGACUGCAUGCACCACUUCUCCUCGCUGGGGUUCACGCCGGAGAUCCCCAUGAACCCGGCCGAGUUCCUGCUGGACCUGGCCACGGGCAACCUCGAGGACAUCAGCGUCCCGGGGCUGCUCCGGGACGGCUCGCCGGCGCCGCAGGAGUUCAGGUCCCGCGUCGUCGCGUACCUCCAGGCCAAGUACAGGGACCACGCCGGCGGCGCCGAGGAGGACCAGGCGAAGCAGCUGGCGAGGAGGCCCGGGGAGCAGCUGAGGCUGGCCAUCCGGAUGCGCAAGGACCGGAGCAUCAACUGGUUCCAGCAGUUCGUGGUGCUGUCGCGUCGCACGUUCCGGGAGCGCGCCGCCGACUACCUGGACAAGAUGCGGCUGGCGCAGGCCGUGGGCGUGGCGCUCCUGCUCGGCCUCCUGUGGUGGAAGUCGCAGACGGGCAACGAGGCGCAGCUGAGGGACCAGGUCGGGCUCAUCUUCUACAUCUGCAUCUUCUGGACCUCGUCGUCGCUCUUCGGCUCCGUCUACGUCUUCCCCUUCGAGAAGCUGUACCUGGUCAAGGAGCGCAAGGCCGACAUGUACCGCCUCAGCGCCUACUACGCCAGCAGCACCCUCUGCGACGCCGUGCCGCACGUCGUCUACCCGGUCCUCUUCAUGGCCAUCCUCUACUUCAUGGCCGACCUCCGCCGCACCGUCCCCUGCUUCUGCCUCACCCUCCUCGCCACCCUCCUCAUCGUCUUCACCAGCCAGGUGCGUAACCUCUUCUUCUUCUUCUUCUUGUGCAUGCCGACGGUGACAUCGACGGCGAACGGCGAUGAUAGCUCGAUCUGUGAUCAUCAGGGGACGGGGGAGCUGCUGGGGGCGGCGAUCCUGAGCGUGAAGAGGGCGGGGGUGAUGGCGUCGCUGGUGCUGAUGCUGUUCCUGCUCACUGGAGGGUACUACGUGCAGCACAUACCCAAGUUCAUACGGUGGCUGAGGUACGUCUCCUUCAUGCACUACGGCUUCAACCUGCUGCUCAAGGCGCAGUACCACGGCCACCUCACCUACAACUGCGGGAGCCGGACCGGGUGCCAGCGGCUGCAGUCGUCGCCGUCGUUCGACACCGUCGACCUCGAUGGCGGCAUGCGCGAGGUCUGGAUCCUGCUCGCCAUGGCCGUCGCGUACCGCCUCCUCGCCUACUUCUGCCUCCUCAAGAGGAUAACCCUCACGCCCUUGUGA